AUGCAGUGCCUAGCGGCCGCUCUUAAGGACGAAACCAACAUGAGUGGGGGAGGGGAGCAGGCCGACAUCCUGCCGGCCAACUACGUGGUCAAGGAUCGCUGGAAGGUGCUCAAAAAGAUCGGGGGCGGGGGCUUUGGUGAGAUCUACGAGGCCAUGGACCUGCUGACCAGGGAGAAUGUGGCUCUCAAGGUGGAGUCGGCCCAGCAACCCAAGCAGGUCCUCAAGAUGGAGGUGGCCGUGCUCAAAAAGCUGCAAGGGAAAGACCACGUGUGCAGGUUCAUUGGCUGCGGCCGGAACGAGAAGUUCAACUACGUUGUGAUGCAGCUGCAGGGCCGGAACCUGGCUGACCUGCGCCGCAGUCAGCCGCGGGGCACCUUCACGCUGAGCACCACGCUGCGGCUGGGCAAGCAGAUCCUGGAGUCCAUCGAGGCCAUCCACUCUGUGGGCUUCCUGCACCGCGACAUCAAGCCGUCAAACUUUGCCAUGGGCAGGCUGCCCUCCACCUACCGAAAGUGCUACAUGUUGGAUUUCGGGCUGGCCCGGCAGUACACCAACACCACGGGGGACGUCCGGCCUCCUCGGAAUGUGGCCGGGUUUCGGGGGACUGUUCGCUAUGCCUCGGUCAAUGCCCACAAGAACCGGGAGAUGGGCCGCCACGAUGACCUGUGGUCCCUUUUCUACAUGCUGGUGGAGUUUGCAGUGGGUCAGCUGCCUUGGAGGAAGAUCAAGGACAAGGAGCAGGUAGGGAUGAUCAAGGAGAAGUAUGAGCACCGGAUGCUGCUGAAGCACAUGCCCUCCGAGUUCCACCUCUUCCUGGACCACAUUGCCAGCCUCGACUACUUCACGAAGCCUGAUUACCAGUUGAUCAUGUCAGUGUUUGAGAACAGCAUGAAGGAGCGGGGCAUUGCCGAGAAUGAGGCCUUUGACUGGGAGAAGGCGGGCAAUGACGCCCUCCUGUCCACGAGCACCUCCACCCCGCCCCAGCAGAACACCCGGCAGACGGCAGCCAUGUUUGGGGUGGUCAACGUGACACCAGUGCCCGGUGACCUGCUCCGGGAGAACACCGAGGACGUGUUGCAGGGCGAGCACCUGAGUGACCAGGAGAAUGCACCCCCGAUCCUGCCUGGUCGGCCCCCCGAGGGACUGGGUCCCAGCCCCCACCUUGUCCCCCACCCCGGGGGUCCCGAGGCUGAAGUCUGGGAGGAGACGGAUGUCAACCGGAACAAACUCCGGAUCAACAUUGGAAAAACCCCCGCUGUGGUGGAGGAGGAGCAGAGCCGUGGUGUGGGGGUCCCCAGCUCCCCAGUGCGGGCUCCUCCAGACUCGCCGACAACCCCAGUCCGUUCUCUGCGCUACCGGAGGGUCAACAGCCCCGAGUCCGAGAGGCUGUCCACGGCGGAUGGGCGGGUGGAGCUGCAUGACAGGAGGUCACGGAUGGAUCUGCCUGGCUCACCCUCGCGCCAAGCCUGCUCCUCGCAGCCGGCCCAGAUGCUGUCAGUGGACACAGGCCAUGCCGACCGGCAGGCCAGCGGCCGCAUGGAUGUGUCAGCCUCUGUGGAACAGGAGGCCCUGAGCAACGCCUUCCGCUCGGUGCCCCUGGCUGAGGAGGAGGACUUCGACAGCAAGGAGUGGGUCAUCAUCGACAAGGAGACGGAGCUGAAGGACUUCCCCCCGGGGGCUGAGCCUAGCACGUCGGGCACCACGGACGAGGAGCCCGAGGAGCUGCGGCCGCUGCCCGAGGAGGCCGAGGAGCGGCGGCGGCCAGUGCCAGAGCCCGCAGUCCGGCCCCGGGGACGUGGCAUGCACACACUGGCCGAGGAGGACCUGCGGCUGACGCCCGCCCAGCCCCCGCUACCCCAGCUGAGCCAGGCUGAUGGCCGGUCAGAGACAUCACAGCCCCCCACGCCUGGCAGCCCUUCCCACUCGCCGCUGCACUCCGGACCCCGCCCCCGACGGAGAGAGUCGGAUCCCACGGGCCCACAGAGACAGGUAUUCUCUGUGGCACCCCCGUUUGAGGUGAAUGGUCUCCCACGAGCUGUGCCCCUGAGCCUGCCCUACCAGGACUUCAAGAAGGAUCUCUCCGAUUACCGUGAAAGGGCUCGGCUGCUCAACAGGGUCCGGAGGGUAGGCUUCUCGCACAUGCUACUCACACCCCCCCAGGUCCCACUGGCUCCUGCUCAGCCUCAAACAAAUGGGAAGGAAGAAGAGGAGGAGGAGGAGGAGGAGGAGGAGGAGGAGGAGGAAGAGGAGGAAGAAGAAGAGGAGGAGGAGGAGGAGGAAGAUGAAGAGGAGGAGGAGGAGGAGGCAGUGGCCCUGGGAGAGGUUCUGGGGCCACACAGCGGCUCCAGCAGCGAGGGCAGUGAGAGGAGCACAGACCGGAGCCAGGAGGGCGCGCCUUCCACGCUGCUGGCCGACGACCAGAAAGAGUCCAGGGGCCGGGCCUCGAUGGCUGACGGGGACCUGGAGCCUGAGGAGGGCUCCAAAACGCUGGUGCUCGUCUCCCCUGGUGACAUGAAGAAGUCGCCCGUCACUGCUGACCUGGCCCCUGACCCCGACCUGGGCACUCUGGCCGCCCUCACCCCACAGCAGGAGCGGCCCCAGCCCACUGGCAGCCAGCUGGAUGUGUCGGAGCCAGGCACCCUGUCCUCCGUCCUCAAGUCCGAGCCCAAGCCCCCCGGGCCUGGGGCAGGGCAGGGGACAGGAGCGGUGGCCAUGGGGGCAGGGGGAGUGGCAGUCACCUCCUCACCCUUCACCAAAGUCGAGAGGACCUUUGUGCACAUUGCGGAGAAAACCCACCUCAAUGUCAUGUCUUCCGGUGGACAAGCCUCCCGGUCUGAGGAGCUCAGCUCUGGGGGCGAGCUGGGCCUGGAGGUGCCCUCUGAUGGGAGGGUGGCGGAGGAAGGGGCCUCCGCACACCUGGAGAAUGGCAUUGCCCUGUCAGGGCUGGAGAGCUGUGUCCCGUCAGCACUCCCAGGGAGCAGCCCCUUGGAGGUGGCCACAGACUCACUGCCCAACGGCCCAGCCCUGGCUGAUGGGCCCACUCCCGUGUCCCUGCUGGAGCCAGGCCCCGAAAAACUGGCCACCAUCUCUCCUAGUCGCCACGCCGUGCCAGGCCCCCGCCCCAGGAGCCGAAUCCCUGUCCUGCUGUCUGAGGAGGACACGGGCUCGGAGCCCUCCGGCUCACUGUCGGCCAAAGAGCGGUGGGGCAAGCGGGCCCGACCGCAGCAAGACCUGGCGCGGCUGGUGAUGGAAAAGAGGCAGGGCCGCCUGCUACUGCGCCUGGCCUCUGGGGCCUCGUCUUCUUCCAGCGAGGAGCAACGCCGUGCCUCUGAGACUCUCUCAGGCACAGGCUCCGAGGAGGACACGCCUGCCUCCGAGCCUGCGGUGCCCAGGAAAGCCGGGCGGGCAGCUGCCACCCGGAGCCGGAUCCCCCGCCCCAUUAGCGUCCGCAUGCCCACGCCUGCCACAGCCCAGCAGCCCCCCGACAGACCCCAAGGUGCGGCCCCAGCAUCUGACACAGCCAUCACCAGCAGGCUCCAGCUGCAGAAGCCCCUAGGGACGGCCAUUGCUGCUGACCUCCGUCCCAAACAGCCCUCCGGCCGAGGCCCGGGCCCCGGGCGAGCCCCCGCCGGCACCAGGCCCCCAGCCCCGCGCAGUCCCGGCCUUCCCGCCUCCUCCGCGCACCAUCCCAGCGCGUCCCCGCGGAGCCGGUCCUUGUCCCGAAAAGAGAGCCCCUCCCCUUCGCACCAGGCCCGGCCCGGGCCCGCCCCACCCCGGGGCGCCCCGCAGGCCCGGGCGCAGCCUGAAGGCACCCCCUCCCCUUUGGGGGGCCCCAAGAAAGGACCCAGAGGGAAAGUCCAGACUCAGCGCGCAGCAACCAAAGGCCGGGCGGGGGUCGCGGAGAGUCGGGCGGGGGCCAGAUAA